AUGGAUGCCCGCUCGUAUGGUAUCAAAACGUUGAAAGACCUACUCCCGUUAGACCAGGACGCCUUAACCCAAGUGAUAGAUUACGCUCUUUCCUUACCCUCCGAUGAUAUCGUGGUAGAUCACUUUCUAAACCUUCUCGGUGAAAGUCCAGAUGCCAUAGACUUUGUUACAAAAUUCAAUCUGUACAGACGCCCAGCCACGAAAGCACCAAUGGCAGCCGCUUUAAAGAAGGAGAGAACCCCUACGCCAGCUGCCGAGCCAGUAAAACCCAAGAAUGCAACUUCAAACUCUGUAUGGGGCACCAGUCCUCAACCCCAAGCGCCAAAGGCGACUAAACCCCGCUUAGCUGGUACCAAAACGUCCACAACUGUUGCGGAACUCCUUGAUACGAAGCCCGUGAAGGAACCCUUGACGGCGCAACAGAAAGCCAAGAAGGCUGCUAAGAAGAAAUUGACCGAUUUGAAGGAUAUCGAUGCCGCGUUGGCGGCCCUCGAGUAUAGGGAAACCGGAGCCGAAGCAGACGCCGAAGACCGUCGCUCGUGCAACUGUAUGGCCACCAGACACCCUCUCUUUGACGUGUUUCCAAACUGCUUAAACUGCGGGAAGAUUAUCUGUGUGAAAGAAGGUUUGCAGCCGUGUUCAUACUGUGGUCAGCCGUUGAUUUCAUGGACUGAAAGAGCACAGAUGGUGGAGGCGUUGCAGAGCCAGAGGCUCGAAUUAGAAGGCAAAAAGGCGCCUGUGAGUGAAAAUAACAGCGGAAGAAACUCCCCGAGCGUGAAACUCCCCCAAAAGAAGUUUAAAAUCACCAUUGGAGCACCGGGGCAGAACUCUUUCAAGGCCCAGGAAUGGGCUAUGGGUAGGCUUGCCGAACACAACAAAGAAAAGGCGGCUCGGUUGGCCCAGGAGGCAGAGAAAACCGAGAAAAUUACUAAGCAAGACGAGGAGCUACAAUACUACAGUUCCAUGAAAGACAUUGACCCAGAUUUACAGAAUGCGCAGGACCGCUUAAACACCUUGUUGAACUUCCAGUCCACCGGUGCGCAGAGAACAAGAAUUAUCGACCAGGCUUCUGAUUACGACGCUCCAGCAACUAGUGGAAGCCUCUGGGCGUCGCCAUUGGAGCGUGCUUUGCAGUUAAAGAAGCAGCAGCGAAUGGCUCGCAAGCAGGAGGAAGCAAUGGCCACUCGAUCUGGCAGGGGUAAGCGGGUGAUGGACUUGACGAUAAGAGACGGUAAGGCCGUUAUACACGAGAAGCAGGUGAGCGGAGACAUCAAGGAUGACGAUGCCAUUGAUCUCGAGCUUGUAGACUCAGAGGAUGAGGAGUUGAAGGAAAUUAAAGAGUUGGAGCAGCAGGCGAAUGUUGCGCGGAUGGAGGAAGAUGCCAAGAAACAGACCAACGUGUGGGACUACGAGGCUGAUAAAAAAAAGUGGGUAGCUCCAAUUUACGUGUCCUCGAGCGAUAUAAAAGACGAAAAAGAGGUUGAGGAGGCUGUCGGAAAGGGGUGGUCCCGUGUGCAGCUUAGCACCCCGGAGGAUCCUGACGAGCUUGUGGCUGAAAUUUAA